AUGGCUGCGUCAGCUUUGCCUCAAGAUAUUUCUGAUGCUGAACUCGUUGGACUGGCACGGACUGCAAUGAAACGUGCACAUUGUCCCUAUAGCAAAUUUCCAGUGGGUGCUGCUCUUCUUACCGAGUCUGGGGAUAUUAUUCUUGGCUGCAAUGUUGAGAACGCCUCUUAUGGAGGAACUAUCUGUGCCGAGCGUAGUGCAGUUGUCUCCGCUGUCUCCCAAGGCCACACAAAAUUUCGCGCAAUCUCAGUUGUCACAGAGCUCAGCGAGCCUGCUUCCCCAUGCGGAUUGUGUCGUCAAUUUCUGGUGGAGUUUGGUGACUUCAAGGUUAUCAUUGGGACCGCAUUUAACAGCAAGACGCUGAUCACAUCAACUCGCGAACUUCUUCCAUUUGCUUUCACUCCCGAAUCUCUUGACACCUUUGAGCAGGAGAAAUCUUCCGCGGUGGCUGAAAUUUCGGCUACAACCAAAGAGCAUGACGUCGCCAAAGUUUCUUCUUAA